AUGACAGUUCAAAGGACUCCCCCUCACCUCCAGGCUAUCCGCAAGGUAUUCGAAAACGAAACUACAGUCACCUUGACCCACUCCGACUUGCUGCAGCUCCAGACGCUAGAUGUUGUUGUUAGUGAUCAAUUGGUCCGCGCUGUUGUCGCAUCCGCAUCGCAGCAGGAAUUGUCAAGCAACACGUGUCGCGUCGUUCCCUAUGAUCAGUCGACUCUUGGGAUGAUCGGUCGACCCAUGGCACGAUCGAUUCUCGACAGCACGCCUUUCGGCCUAUCAUUUGAAUCUCUGCAGAAGGCGUCGCCAACGCCACCUCAGGAAAGCAAGGACGCAACCUCUGUCCUUUCUUCCAAUACCGUCUCCACUGUCACAAUCGCCACCAGAAGGAACCCAGUUGGUGGUCACGUAGAAGCGGCAAUGGAAAAUUACACACACAUCGACGGCCCCGCCUUUAAAAACGCUCGAGGACCUCAGGCACUGCCAGACGAUGACCCAACAGCAACAACAGACGUCCGAACGCCAACACACUCCGAAAGCGACAACAAGCAACAGUCUCGAGUACCUCAGGAUUCAAGCACUGUCGUCUCCAAGGCCUUUACUCAAACGAUUGUGGACGCAACGCUCGGUGACAGCAACGCUCAGAUCGCUCUUGGAGACAUGUUCAGGGACGGCAAGGAAGUCCAUCAAGACUACCAAGCGGCGAUGGACUGGUACCGCAAGGCGGCCGAUCAAGGGGAUGCUGUUGGUCAGCGCAGAGUGGGCCAUCUCUACUCCCAAGGUCUCAGCGUCGCACGUGACUACUCAACCGCCAUGGACUGGUACCUCAAAGCUGCCGACCAAGGAGACACAGACAGCCAACGCUGCAUUGGCGCGCUUUACCGUGAUGGCGAGGGCGUGGAGGUGGACUAUUCCAAGGCGAUGGAGUGGUUUCUGAAGGCUGCCGACCAAAGAGACGCAAACGCACAGCGCUGCAUUGGUGUUAUUUACCAUGACGGUCGUGGCGUGGAUGUGGACUAUUCCAAGGCGAUGGCGUGGUUUUUGAAGGCUGCCGACCAAGGAGACGCAGACAGCCAACGCUGCAUUGGCGCGCUUUACCGCGAUGGCGAUGGCAUGGACGUGGACUAUUCCAAGGCGAUGGAGUGGUUUCUGAAGGCUGCCGACCAAGAAGACGCAAACGCACAGUGCUGCAUCGGCGAACUUUACCACGACGGCGAGGGCGUGGACGUGGACUAUUCCAAGGCGAUGGAGUGGUUUCUGAAGGCUGCCGACCAAGGAGAUGCAGACGGCCAACGCUGCAUUGGUGAACUUUACCGCGACGGCGAGGGCGUGGACUUGGAUUAUUCCAAGGCGAUGGAGUGGUUUCUGAAGGCUGCCGACCAAGGAAACGCAAACGCACAGUGCUGCAUCGGUGUUCUUUACCGUGACGGUCGUGGCGUGGAAGUGGACUAUUCCAAGGCGAAGGAGUGGUUUCUGAAGGCUGCCGGCCAAGGAGACGCAAACGCACAGUGCUGCAUCGGUGUUCUUUACCGCGACGGCGAGGGCGUGGACGUGGACUAUGCCAAGGCGAUGGAGUGGCUUCUGAAGGCUGCCUACCAAGGAGACGCAAACGGCCAACGCUGCAUUGGUGGACUUUACCGCGACGGCGAAGGCGUGGAGGUGGACUAUUCCAAGGCGAUGGAGUGGUUUCUGAAGGCUGCCAACCAAGGAGAUGCAGACGGCCAAUGCUGCAUCGGUGUUAUUUACCAUGACGGUCGUGGCGUAGACGUGGACUAUUCCAAGGCGAUGGAGUGGUUUCUAAAGGCUGCCGACCAAGGAGACGCAAACGCACAGUGCUGCAUCGGUGUUCUUUACCGUGGCGGUCGUGGCGUGGACGUGGACUAUUCCAAGGCGAAGGAGUGGUUUCUGAAGGCUGCCGACCAAGGAGACACAAACGGCCAACGCUUCAUUGGUGAACUUUACCGUGACGGUCGUGGCGUGGAAGUGGACUAUUCCAAGGCGAAGGGGUAG